UGCGCGCGCGGGCGUGUCCCCGCCCUCCGCCCCGCGUGGCGGCCGCGCCGGGAUGUUCGUGGCGCGCAGCAUCGCGGCCGAUCACCGCGACCUCAUCCACGAUGUGUCCUUCGACUUCCACGGCCGCCGCAUGGCCACCUGCUCCAGCGACCAGAGCGUCAAGGUCUGGGACAAAAGUGAAAAUGGGGAUUGGCAUUGCACUGCCAGCUGGAAGACCCAUAGUGGAUCUGUGUGGCGUGUGACAUGGGCACAUCCUGAAUUUGGGCAGGUCUUGGUUUCCUGCUCUUUUGAUAGAACAGCAGCUGUAUGGGAAGAAAUUGUGGGAGAGUCAAAUGAUAAACUCCGAGGCCAGAGUCACUGGGUCAAGAGGACCACUCUAGUGGACAGUAGGACAUCCGUUACAGAUGUGAAGUUUGCUCCCAAGCAUAUGGGUCUUAUGUUAGCAACCUGUUCAGCAGAUGGAGUUGUAAGGAUUUAUGAAGCUCCAGAUGUGAUGAAUCUCAGUCAGUGGUCACUGCAGCAUGAAAUUUCAUGUAAGCUAAGCUGCAGUUGUAUUUCUUGGAAUCCUUCAAGCUCUCGAGCACAUUCUCCAAUGAUAGCUGUAGGAAGUGAUGACAACAGUCCAAAUAUAUUGGCAAAGGUUCAAAUUUAUGAAUAUAAUGAAAAUACCAGAAAAUAUGCAAAAGCAGAAGCUUUGAUGACAGUCACAGAUCCUGUACAUGAUAUUGCAUUUGCUCCAAAUCUGGGAAGAUCCUUCCAUAUCUUGGCUGUAGCAACCAAAGAUGUACGAAUUUUCACGCUAAAACCUCUAAGGAAGGAAUUGACUUCAUCGGGAGGAUUAACAAAAUUUGAAAUUCAUAUUGUGGCACAGUUUGAUAAUCACAACUCCCAGGUGUGGCGAGUGAGCUGGAAUAUUACGGGCACAGUGCUUGCCUCCUCUGGUGAUGAUGGCUGUGUUAGGCUCUGGAAGGCUAAUUACAUGGACAACUGGAAGUGUACUGGUAUUCUGAAAGGUAAUGGGAGUCCAGUGAAUGGUAGUUCUCAGCAGGGAAUUUUUAAUGCCUCUCUAGGUUCAGCCAAUACAAGUCUACAGAAUUCACUAAAUGGAUCAUCUGCCAGCAGAAAGCAGAGCUGAUACCAAGCUAACUGGAGUAACUUUGGUGUUUUGCUGCUUGUUGCAUGCACACAGGAAUGGAAAACGAACUCCUUUUUCCCCUCCCCAACGCCGUUUGACCUCUCCCAAGACACCAGCAGCCUGCUAACUACUAAAUGCUGUUCAAAAAGCCUUUUUAAAACACGUUGUGUACACUUUUUUGUACUAGCCUGCACAGUUUGAUACUAUUGGAACUCCUGAUAGAAAAAUAUUUGGAGAGGCUUCUUGUUUGGAAAAAAACCCAUAAACAACCCACCCAAACCCCAAAACUUUCAUCAGAACGUAUUAUAUGAAAGCUUGUCAAAUUAAAAGACUAGUUCAUGAUUAAAAAUGAGAAUUUUUGUCCUUGUUUGGGAUGGGAGGAGGGAAAUGACCAUUAUAAUAACUUCCAUUAAAAUUGUUUUGAGAACCAAUUUGUUUUGCAUUUCAUAGCGUUCAGCAUUUGAUUAAGAUUCCUAAACAUUACAAGGUUGUAACUGCUUUGUAAUAUAUAAAACUGUUAGUUUAAAAGGAAUAAGAAAACUGUUUUGACAAUUGUACAGAUGGUAGCUAUCAGUAGUUUGGGUAUUGCUUCGUUUAUAUCCCUUAGUAUGACUUCAAAUAAAUGUUUUAUGAGUACUGUCAUACUUUCGUCAUCAUAAGAGAAGUACUUUUUCUGAUAUGUAUUUGUACAUUCCUAUGGUAAUAGUUCCAUGGAGUACCUAAAAUUCUCUAAACAUAGUAUCCUUAAAAAAUGCAAACACUUCAGCCAUAUAAAGGUAGAAACCAAAAUGCAGCUUGUUGUGAAUUGUCCCAUAAUUUCAUUAAUUAGUUUAAGAGCUGUUCCUUUCUGUAAGUCCACAGAACUGUAAACAAGAGAGAAAACAUCUGUAGGUAUCUAAUAUAAUUAUGCUAAAAUGCACAAGUGUUACGGGUAAGUUCUAAUAAAAACAGCAGCAAAAUGACAUGAAGUGGCAUAAUUCCGAAUCUUGCGCUCACCAGGAAUCUUAAAUUUACUAUGAGGAUUUUGCAGCAAUAUGUAAAUACAUACAAAGGCUGUAUUUCAUUGAAAAUAGUUAUUCUCUAUAAAUGUGUAUUAAUGUAAAAACAAUGAUGUUUUUACGUCUAUUCUAGAAACGCUGUGAAGUUACUCUGAAUUAGAUGCAUAUGCAGAAAAUGUACUUUGGUAAUAUUUAAUGUAUAUUUUGUGUCACAAAUGAAGCGUUACUGAAGGCUGUUAACAAAUCACAGAAAUUCUGGGAGAAUGAAAACCUGUUAAUAGCUGUACCACACCAUCCUUUUGAUUUCCAAAGCAAUCCAUUCUUUUGUAAAAAUGUAUACUAGAACUUAUGACUAUGGUAUUCUUUUCUAUAAAUUUCAGUGGAAAAGACUGUAUUAUUUUGCUUUAAAGAACAAUUUCCAGAUUUGUCUUGUUUUGAAUUACAUGCCUUGAUUUCUGCUAUUAUGUUCUAUUGGUUUUGGCAUGGAUAUACUAAAGCCUUUUUUUUUUUCCAGCAUGUCUUUUCUCCCCUUUGGUUCUCCUUGUAUUUACUACCUUUCUCUUUUUUUCUUGUUUUGUUUUUUUGUUUUGGUUUGGUUUUUUGUUUUGGUGUUUUGUUCCUUUCUUAAUUGUUUCAGGUAUUUCUUUCCCCCUCUGGAUUCCCCACGGGCUGGAUCGAGAUGGUCCAGUCAUGCCCAGCUCCUUCCUCCUCCUCCUCUGAUAGAGCAAUCUUGCGAUGCUGACACUGCCAACCUCCAGUAUCCUCACCCUCGCAGACGAUGUGUAUCUCGGCCUCUUAAUCUGUUACCUGAGAAUGAAGGGGUUUAACAUGUUACUUUAAAUAAACUCUGAAGGGCCUUAUUCUGGUGUUUGUGAAUGCUUCCAUUUCUGGCUGCCUUUGUAUUCCUUCUCUUGUACAGAAGAUUUUCAAAAAUUUGGGAAAUUCAUGCAUGUUUUGCAGAACAAACAACAAGAUUUAGAACCUGUUACUUGUGUAUCAAAGGAACAUUUUAAUUUGUACCCUUUGAACUAUGGCAACACAUACAAACAGUAUUAGCCAUGAGCUAUUUAUGGAGUAGCUGACUUCAAUGUGCCUGUCCUUUUUUCUUUUUUUUUUCUUUUUUUUUUUUUUUCUUUUUGAAAUCAGUUCAGUACGGUCUUUAAUUUUUUCCUUUUGUAUACUGCACUGACAUGUGAAACACAUUCUCAGAAUUAAAUGUGUGUUCAAGAAAUUGUUGAGAAAAGUUGAUACUGGAUCAGCUCAUAAAGGAAACAAAACCAUUCCUGUGUAUACUGCAGCUAAAUGAUUUGGCGCGUUUGGUUUUACUUUAGAAUUUUCCAUCUUGCUGUAUAAAUAUUUAAAUUUUAUAAUUGUGUUUGACUAAUAAACUUGUUCUGAAAGAUC